AUGGAGAAGCGAUUUAAGAAACUAAAACAAAAUGACACUGAGGACUACAGUUGGAUUGAAAAUACUAGCAAACCCUUAAUAGAAAGAAUUUCAGAGUUUGCCAAAUGCAAAUAAUUGCAAGAUCCUAAAUAUUUACGCAUUAUAAGUGAAACCAUUGACAAGAUAUUGGAAGCAGGAGUUGCUUUAUUCUAGGAAUAAAAUUAAAAUCCAUGUAUUGAAUUGCUUGGAGAAUGUGAUUCUAUUUAAAUUUGGAAUUUGUGUUUAUUGUGUUGUGAUUUCAUUAGGACUUGCGGGAAUCCAAAAAUAGUCGAUAUGAUAUUCAGUUAUGAACAUCUGGUUACUUUGAUAUUUCACAACCCUGAUUACGAUUUAUCUAAGAUUUACAAAAUUGUCGAGUGUAUGUAAUUCCUCUUAGAAUCCAUGAAUACCUCUAAAGCAUGCAAAUUUAAAAUUGAAUUUUUCGACAAAGUGUUAUUAAGAUUCAUGUACAUCAACGCAUUCUUCUAAAAGAGCAUCUUUAAUCUCAGCGAUUAAGAUUAAACAGAAUUGUUCCAACUCUAAAUGGAUCAUUGCAUUUUGAAGUUCACCUUCCCUUCUGAUGACAUGAUAAAUUAUUCAAGAUAUUUAGAAAUGAAUAAUCUUCGAAAAAUAUUAAAAUGUCCACCUACUACUCGCGAAGUAUAAUUUGAUUCCACUAAAAACCCUUAUGAGCAAUCCCUUUAAAUAAUUAAGGAGAAUAACCUUUAAAAAGAUAUUAUACUUUUUGAUUAAGUCUUCAUUCGAUUGUUAUGUCAUUAUUCUGGCAACGAACUAUUAAUCUAGAAAAUGUUUAUCAGCAAUUAUAUCUUUCAUUUCAGAUGUGCCUUCCAAGAUCUUCAAUUAAUCAACAAUAAAUUAAUGUUAGACAUCACAAAUAGAUUAAUAGAUUAAAAAGAUUACCUAUUUUUAUUAAUAAGAAUGAUAACUAUCAAUAAGGAUGAAUCUCUAAAUGAUAUUAUGGUGUAAAGUCUUCAAUUUAUCAAAUCCAAAUAAAUACAGCUAUUUGAACAUAAUACAUUUUUAGAAAAGUUAUGGCUAUUUGAGCUUUAAGGAAUUCAAGACUCCUUGAUGGAAUGGAAACAAGAACUACAAGUUGCAGAGGGGAGUUUCUAUGAAAUUAAAUUGUCUUUAAGUUCUAAAUUUUAAUAGAUAUUCUUUCAACAAUUGUUAGAUUAGUAGUUUACUUAACUCUUCAAGAAACAACCAAAUUAUUAACAAUGGAAUUCCAUGAUAGUUCAAAUCAUUAAGAAAUCAUCUUUAGAAGAUGGUUCAACUAAAUUACCCUAUUAUAUUUUGAAUCCGUUAUUGACUUAUUCUGUGAAUUUGAUAAUUGAACUUCCUGGAAACAAUCAAAAUUAAUAAUUAGAAUAUUAAUUAGAAACCUAAAUCAUCCAAGGAUUACUGGAUAUCCUAAAGAAUUGCUGUGGAGGACAUUAAAUCCAACUCUAAAUUCGUGGUUUUCAAUUACUGAAUCAACUAAUUGCUUAUUAUAAAUAAGAAUUUGAUUAAGUCUAAAUCUAAAAUGCUCAAUCAGAAUUCAUGAUGCCUGUUCCUGAAAGAUAUCAUAAAUUGUUAUCAGAUAUAUGGUCAAAUAAAAUAUUGGAAGACACAUUGCUUAAAUCAUAGCUAAACGAAUAAUUAUACACAUAUUUGAUAACAUUGUUAGCUAUGAACAUGGGAGAGAAUCCGGGCAGAGUCAGAGAAUUCUAUGAAAAUAACAGUUUAUAAUGUUUAGUUUAAAAAAUAAUGGAGCUUUUGAAGAUAUGUUCACGAGGAUCUCAUUUGAUUGUAACCAUAAUUAAUUUGUUGAUUGCUAUCAGUACGAAUGAAUAAGCUAUUUCAUUGGCGUUAUCAUCAAAUAAUGAAAAAGAUCAAUAAAAACAAGAUAAUCUAAUCAAAUAAAUAUUUGACAAAUGUUAUUUGCCAUCAAUAGAACUUCUACAUGACCCAACAGUGAGCGAGGACUUUGCUAAAAAGAUCAUUAUGUUGUAUAGUCAAAGUUUAUUGGCCAAAAAGCAAAUUGAAAAAGUGAUCGAAAAUACAUUUGUAUCAAUAUCCCAAUUGGUUGAUUUGAGCAAAGAUAAAAUUGAAGAUAUUGUGAGCAAUCAAGAAAAGUUAUCAUCAUUUUAUGGAUAUUCUAAGAGUCUCCAAGCUCUGUUGUAAUUGUUUAUGCAAUUACAGCCAGAGAAGAAAUCAUCCUCAUAUCGAUAAUUCUAAGGAUAUGAAGAAUUAUAACUGGAAGAGGCUUAAAGACAAAAAGACCACUUGUUCAAUUCAUUGUUAAAAAACUAAAAGUUUGUUGAAGCCUUGGAGAAGAUUAUAAUGAGUCCAAUUCUUAUUGGAAGUAAGAACAAAGACAAGUAUGUGGAACAUUAUGUUGGAAUCUUAUGCAAAAAAAAUAAAUUGAAUCCCUUUACUUCCUUAUGGAAAGAAUUGGAUCUGAUAUCAUAGAAUUACAUGAUUAUUGGAGAUCAAAAAAUCAUAGACAUAGGAAAAUUAGUCGAUUAUGAUGCCUUAUCAGUUCAUAUGACUUAUAAAUACUUCUUUAGAAAGAUCAUCAAGCAUAUAUCACCUUAAACUUAUAGAGGCUUUUAUAUUUUGAGUCGCUUCCAUCUUAUACAUUAUUUGAUCAAGAUUUGUGUAAGUCAAGGAGGAAUAUAGCAUUAGGAUAUCAAUUUGUUAAUCCCUCAAUUAUUGCAAAUAUAUUUCUUGUCAUCACAACAUGCUGGGUUUCAUGAAUCCAUCAUGAUGUUUAUGGCAGCAAAAUCUCAGAUUUCAAAAUUUUAGAGUAGUUUUGAUGAAGAUACUCAAAUAAGAAGGAGAAUAAGCAAAGAUAACUUAAUACCACUUCAAGAGUCAUGUUUGGAUUUAAUAAAUAAAUUAUAGUAACAGGCAACUGCAGAACAAAAGGAAUUUCUAAUCAAAAAGUAUGGAGAGAUAACCCAGUUAUUCUUUGUUAAUUUCAAUGAAAAAUAUCAAUAAAUUAGAGAAUCUUAAGGCUUAAAACUAAUUUCACAUGUUACUUAUAUGCAAGAUAUCCUUAAAUCAUUUAAGUUCUUUUUGAAUCUAUUUCAAAAUUUGGAGCAAUAAAAUCAGCCUAUAUCAUUUACUUUCAUUUGCUAUCAAAAUAAGUCUUUCUAUUUAGAUAUAAUUUAAAUGAUGAAGUAUUUAGAUGGUAUCUAGAAAUUACCAUAAAAUAAUACUAAAGAACAAGAGAUUGUUAAGAAGAUUCUACCUAGUUUUAUUGAAGCUCUUAAUUUACACAUCGAUAAUAUCAUCAAACAAUCAAUAUUCAGAAAAAUGCUUUUGGAUAAAAUUUAAUUGUCCGAUCAUUGCAUUAUUGAUCCAUAAUAGUUAGAGUAAGUAUCUAAUGAAUUAAUACUGUCUUAAACUCAUUUGCUAAGAUAGAUGAUUGAUAUUCUACUUUAGAGCAAUUGUGAAGGCCCAUUAAAGAAUUUAUUUGAACAACUUAUCCAAAGAUUUUACUUAAUGAAAGACACUUAAAUCUAAGACUUUCGUAAAGUAGGUGGCUAAGAAUAGAAAGAUCAAGUACUUGCUUAAAAAGAAUUGAUUCAACUCUUAUAAGGUAAUGAAGUAAAGGAAUAGAAGAAGUCAAUAUUUGAUAGACCAGAAAUCAAAUUGAUUUUGGAUAAAAUAUGUGAAAUGGGUAUUAAUUAGAAAUUAGCUAAGAAAGCCAUUCAAAGAGUGGAAAUUCCAGAGCCAUCUAUGAUUGUAGAUAUGAUAUUUAAUGGAAGGAUAUCUGACGAUGAGGAUGAUUUAGAUGAUCUACUCUUCGAAUCAGAAUUGAAAAAUGAUAAUCCAGAGACUUAAGUAGUCAAUUAAUAGAUCUAAAAUGAAGUCAAAAAUUAACCUGAAUAAGAAUAAAACUAAAAGAAUAUGACUGUAAUUGAGAGUGAAACCUUUUUGAAGAUAUUAAAUGAAAAUUUCCCCUUAUAUGAUCCAUAAUUAUCAAUAUAAGAUAGAAUUUCUUAGUUGAUAAAUAACUUCUAAUAGAAAUUAGAUGAAACGAUAAACUCACUUUUAGAUUAAUAACUAACUAAUUAAAGACCUAAUAAUACUCAAUUAGAAUAUUUAUUCACAAUUGCUAAAAAAUAAUAGCACAUUUAAAAAAUAUUGGAUUUUAUCUUUUUAUCACUAUAAGCUAUGAGAUAAUUGUAAUAGACAUAAGAUUUAAAUUAAAAAAUGAACUUGUUUUAUAAUGCAUUAUAAUGGUUAGCACUCUUGUAAUAAAUAUCUUAAUAGGAGCAUGAGAAAAUAUAUUAAAAUGUUGCUCUCAUUGAUUUGGAACCUUAAAAAGAUUUAAAAUUUGUAUUAUCAUUUUAAGAAAUGAUUAAGUUUGGAUUUGCUUUGCUUUAGGAAAUAAAUGAUCAAUUUACAAUCUUCAGUUAAAAUGAAUAUGAACAAUUAAAAUUGAUAAAUGUUAAGGAAUUAAGCUCUGUUGAAAUUUGUAAAAGAGCCUAAUAAAUAACAAACGACCUGAAUGUUUUUUAUGAGAAUAAAUAUAGUACUUUGAGAUUAUUUUGCAAAGAACUAUAAGAAGCAUAGAAAUACUUAACAAAGUUUGUAAUGAAUUUAUAAAACAAGCAUGAUCAAUUAAUAGAAAGAUAUUGGAAUUAGAUUGAAAUAUAUGUCUAAUUCUUAACUUAAUUAUGCACAGUUAAUCUGCAUCUCUAAGAAGAGUCCAACAAUGCUUAUAACCUACUCACAGAUUUAGAUACUUUCAUAAAAAACGAUUAAACUUUAAAAGACUAGGGAGACACUACUCAAAAUGACGGUCACUUAUAUUAAUUGAUCUAGAGAAGAUUUAUUUAUGAUAAAUCAGUAAUCACUUAGCUGCUUUAAUGCUUAAACAAUUUUGGAUUGCAUAAUCAAAACAAAUUAUAUCAAAUUCUUAUGUAGAAGUAAAAACAAGAUAAUUAAUCAUUGUUGGAUGUUUUAUUGCAUUUCAAAAUUUAAUCAAAUAAUAGUGAACACGAAGAAUCAUAACCAGUAUUUUUAGAAAACCUAUUAUAUUUGAUUGCCUUAGACAACAGAACAGCAAAUGAUCUAACAUUACUGAUUUUAAAAUAAGUUAUGCUAAAUGAACAUAUUGAUUGGCAUGCUUAAUAAAUUAAGAGCCUAGAUGAAUUAAACUAAGUUUAGAUGCCCCAAAAGUAUAUUGAAUGUCCAUUACAAUAUCUGCUAUAGUUCCAUCCUGUUUUAGUUAAUAAUCCAAUAGUUUAUAACACCAUUAUUGAAUAACAAGGACUUUCAAUUACUGAUAAGUUUUGUGAGUUAUCAAGAGUUCAUGCAGCUAAAUAAUCCUCUUUGCAAAUGACUGGGAAGUUGACUAAGGAAUAAGAAAAACAUUUAAAGGAAAAGGAGAAAGAAUUUCUGCAACAAACAUAAACUGAUAUAGUAAUCAGAUAUGAAGUAGAUCAUGUCAUAGAACCGUAGUUAAACUCCAAUAUAAUAAAUUUGAUAAAUAUUAUAGCCUAAACUAUAGUUGACAGAUUUUUUGAAGAGAACUUUGUUGAAAAAGUGUUCAAUAUCAAAUUAACCAAAUACAAAGAUGAAAAAAGAGCUUACUUGUAUGGAUGGGAUCAAUUAUUGAGAAUAAUUGAGAUGCUUAUAAUUAAGAUUCCUUAAUUGAUAUUGUAUUUAAGACAAUUGAAAGUAUAAUUGCCUAUUCAAAUUAAUACUGAAGAGAGAUAGGUUACCUUCUUGGAAUUCGUAAUUAAAUAUAUGACAUGGGUAGGAAUAGAUAAACUGUCCAAUUUUAUGCAUAAUUAUUUGAGUGAUAUCAAUCUGCUCUCAGUUGGUUAUGGCAUAACUUUGGGCUAAGAAGUACUCUAAUUAUUAUUGAAUGAAUUGAAAAUUGAUCACAAUAAUAUUUUAAUGAAAUAUUAUCAUAUUUUGUAAUUGCUCGUACUUUUUACAUAAACCUUGACCCUUCAAAAUUGUUUAUUAAUUUUGACUGAUUAAAGAUCACAAUUGAAUAUUGUCCCUAAGAUUAUCAGUACAUUAAAUAGUGUUAGAGAAUGUGAAAAUAAACAAUUUGUCAAAUUAUAUCAAUAGACCAUUGCCAAAGUAUUGGAACCAUUCUUGUAAUCUCAGGUCUAUUUUGAGCACCUCAAAUAAGGCAGAUAUGGAGAUAUAUUUAGAUUACAACAAAAUAUUACUGAAAAUUCCUUCUAAUUUCAUUAUCUCAAUUGUCUAAGGAAUUAAUUGAUUUCCUAUCAAUUAUACCCUGGUUUUAAAAGUACUCCAGGUUCAGCUUAGCAUUUUGUAUCCCAUCCAUUAGUCUAACAAACCCUGAAGGAUGAACACCAAUAGGAAAUUGUUUGGCCUUUAUAUUAAUCCAGAAGAAAUUUCAAUAAUCAGAGACACAAUAAUCAGAAACAGUAAGAUGAAGACCUGAGUGAUUCUGAUUCAGAUUAGGAUAUUGUAUAAAUAGAGAACACUCAAAUCAAAUAUAAAGCAAAUUACUCAAAUAUUAACUCCUGGGGUGAGUAUUAUUCCUACGAUAGUGAUUUUAUGAACAAGUGCAGUGUAAAUAGAGAAGAAGAGAAACCUCACAAAGAAAAUCAACAGAGUAUCUUUCCAUAAAAAGACUUAAACAUACUCUUUUGUAGUCUAGAUCAAAAAUUCUAUAAUUUCCCUUUACCAAACUUUUAAAUUACAACCAAAAAUAUAGUCUAUCAAUAAAGUGAUUACAAAACUUGGAUCACAUCUAUUGUUGGUCUUUAUUUCAGUUCCAAUGAGUAUUUCGAGAAUAAAAAAUAAUUAAUCUCCAAAGCUUAUGAAACUCAAUUAAAGCACAUUGUUGAAUAUAUUCAAGCUAUAAAUAGAUUGCUUCACACAUAAGCCUCCAAAUAAGUUGAAUAAUUACAACAAUAUUUAUCCUAUUAUUUAAAUGGAUCAUUAAGUUAUUUGCAAAUCCAAUCUGGAAAUUCAUGCUUCUAUUCCAAAUUUGGUCAAGCACCUAACCAACUUUAGCAAGAUUACUAAGCAAACUCCUUAUCAGUCAAUAUCAAUGAACCAUCUUUAUAAUAAUAAAGAAUCUUAACCUAAAUCUCUUGCAAUGUUUUACAAAGCAGAGUAGUUUUGAAUGGAAUGCCAAAUGAUUUACAUGAUUAAGGAUUGCUAAAAGCCAAAUUAUAAAGUCUAUUACAUCCUGAGGAAAACACCAACUUAAAAGGAAAAUUAAUAGAUAUUCCAAAGAGAGUUUUGAUUAUCCCAAAUGAGUAGCAGCUUCAAAUUACAGACAAUAUAUUAUUAGAGAUGUUGAUGUCUCUGUUGGUGGAUUAAAAUAGUUUUAUAUAAUUUCCAUUUAAUCUAUUACGUUAGAUUAGCAAGUGUUCUCGUUUGGGAUUCAAACUACUUAUUCAAUUACUCAUUUUAUAUUAAGAAUAGAAAAACAACCUAGAACUUACUCUUAAAAUUUUGUACUUAGUGAGUUAGAAAAUUCCAUCCAAUAAUUUAAGAGAUCUACUUUCUGAACAAUUACAAAUCAGUCCAAUACUUAAUAAGAGAGAAAAGGCUAAUUUAGCUAAGGGAUAAUAAAUUAAAGAACAAUUUAUAAUAGAAGAAGAAAAUAUAGAUGAGUAGUCAUAAGAUGAUGAUCUUGAAAAUCCCUUGGUCUUUUUGAUUAACCAAAUAAAUAUAUAUUGCGAGAAGAAUAUUUCAUUUAUGACCCUGUUUCAUAGUCCUGAAUCCCACAUACCAAUCGAGAAAAAUAUCCUGUUAACUCCUCUCUUAGCUAAUCAAACUAACUUGCAUCUAUCUUACUUAAUUUAGAUUAUACGAGGAUCCCUAAUGAUCACAACAGAAGAAAAGGAAAAAGGGAAGAAGGCUGAUGACGAGAAUCUGUAUAAAAUGAUGAGGAGAUAAGCAGCUAUUUACAAUGGCGGAAUAGAUGAAAGCAAAAUAUUUGAUUUAUUCUCCUAACUAAACAGAAAUGAGGAUAUAUAGUUUCACGAUUUAAUCUUCAAGUCAUUUGGGGAUAAAAACCAGGAAUCAUAAGAUACUUGGGACUAGACAUCCUUUACAUUUAAAUCACUUUAGUUUAGAUAAAUUGAUUAGUAAUCAUAGUUCAGAUAAGUAUCAAAUGCAUCAAUCAUCUAAAUGUAACCCCCUUAGGCUCCUUAACCAAGAUAAAUUAUUCCUCCAUUUCCUAUUUCUUCGAUGUCAAUCUUACAACAGCAUUAGUAAUUACAAUAGUUUUAAUAACUUCGAUAGCCUCCAUAAUAGGGAUAAUAAACGAAUUAAUUCAAGAUAGCUGAUGAAAAAUAAUAGUAAUAAUAACAGUAAUAAUAAUAAUAAUAGUAAUAAUAAUAAUAAUAAUAAUAAUAAUAAUAAUAAUAAUAAUCCAAAAAUGAAGAAAUAGAUCAAAAUGAAUUAAAUUCUUAAAUACCAAAAAGAGAAAGAAAAGUCAGUGCCAAAAUUUCUCAUGUUGAGAUUGAUAUCAUCUCCUCUCUAUGCAAAAAUUUAAAUAAUCCGCUCUUAAGAGAAGGAAAUUCCAAUGAAAUCAUUAAUAUUCUAAAUUCUUAUGCUAAUGAUAAAUUAAAAAUUGAGCAUGCCAUAAAUGAAUUAACCAAAUAUAUCAUUUAACAAUCUAAAAUUUUCAAUUUUGAAUUAGACAAAAAAAGAAAACAGUUAAGAGAAAUUACAAAACAAAGAGAAAAAAUUUAGGAUUAUGAUCCUGAAUAAGCAUAAUUUUUAAAUAAUUAAGAAAAUGAUAUUAUUAAAGAGUUAAACUAGAAAAUCCCAGAUCCAAGUAUCAUACAAAGGUGUUUUGUUGCAAUAACAGGAUUCCUCAAUCUCAAUCUAACAUUGACUGAUUAGCAAAAUAAAUAAGUUAAUAAACCAAGUUCUACACAAACUAGAUAAUAAAUUUAAAUGGAUAAAAAGAAAUAUAAAUUAACUCAGUAGGGCAAAAGCGUUGAUGCCUCAAGCGAUUUUGACACCUCAGCAAAAAAGGACAUCAGAGCUAGAUUUAUUAAUGUUCUAUAAACUAGAUAAACCCAUCAUUUAUGGCUGAAUGUUGUGGAAACAUUACUAUUGAUUUUUAAUUAUAAAGGGUCGAGAUCAUUAGAAAUAUUAUAAAAGAAACUCUAUCCUCUUUUGGAAUGUUUCAUAAGGCUAUAUCAAAAUGUUCAUGAAGAGUUAAAUUCCUAAGAGCAUUCUGAGAAAACUAAUGCAGAAACAAACUUUUUUGAGAGAAAUUUAAGUGGUUCAGCAACUAAUUCGCUUUAAUUUGGUUUAUUAUAAACAUAAACAAUGCAUUUAAAGAGAUCAUUUUCAUCAGUAAGAAAUGAGAAUGAAAUGUAGAUGAAAAUAGAUGAACUAUUCACUUAUUUAUGCAUUAAUGGCAAGAGGAUUAUCAAUUAUUUGAUCAAUCAGAGGUUAUAACAAAUCACUUAUGAUUUAAAAUAAAGUCAUUCAUUGAAUCCUAUUAAAUUAUUUAAGGAAGCAGACCCAUUGGGCUUUGUAUUUUUUAAAAUGAGCUAAAUCGUUUCUUUUGAAAAUAAGAAACAUUUCUUUGAAAUGGAUUUGGAAACCUUAAAAAUUAAUGACAAACCCAAUUAAAGAUCAAGAGGAAGACAAAGUGAAACCAUUGAAUUUAAUGUCGUAAGAGAAACAAGAUUGUAACAAUCCUUAGAAAAGGUAUUGUAAGUUGAAAAAAAUAAAUUUAGAAAAAGUGAAAUUAAAAUUAGAUAUCAAGGGGAAAGAGGAUAAGAUGAAGGAGGAAUCAGGAAAGAAUGGAUGACCAAUCUUGUCAAAGAUAUAUUAUAAACAGAUAAAUUUGAAUUGACUACAAAGAGAUUUUAUAAAAUAAAUUCUAAUAAAAAGUCUACUGAAGAUAAGAAUCAUUAUAAACUAUUGGGUAGAAUAGUAGCAAAAAGUAUUUAUGAUGGAUUAUUGCUACCAGUUUAUUUUAUUCCAACUAUAUUUAAGAUGAUACUUCAAAAAAAACCAAGUUUUGAUGAUUUGGAACAUUACAAUGAAGGAUAUUAUGACACUUUUAUUAAAUUUAUGAAUGAUGAGACACAAGUUUAGUAUAAGGAUUUAUUUGAGUUUUGGAUUCCUGAAGAAUAUGCAUAAUUAAUUGAAUAAAACAAAAAAUAUAUCUUUACAGAUCUUCUAUAAGAAUAUAUAGAAAAGAAUCCAAUCGAACCUAAAUAAGAUUAACUAAAUGAAUAACAGAAAUUAUAAGAUUAAUAAUAGUAGUAAUAAUAAUAAUAAUAAUAAUAGUAAUAAUAAUAAUAGUAAUAAUAAUAAUAAUAAGAAGAACAAUUAUAAUAAGAAAAAUAAAAUUAAGCAGUUCCUUUUAAAUAAGAUCUGAUGCAAUAUUUUAAAUAAAAGCAGUAAGAAUAAGAAGAACCUAAAUAAAAAAAACAGUCAGAAGAUAUAACAGCUGAAGAUAUGGAAAAUAGAGAAAAGAAAAGAUUAAUAAGAAAGAAUAAAAGAAAAUAACUAAGUGAUGAAGCUCUUAAAUAAAUUAAAUUAUAAGAUGUAUUCUUAUAAUUAUCAUCUAAUGUUACUGUGAAACAUAAAAGACUUAUCUGUGAAGUUAUAAGCAAAAAAUUAAUGAUUGAGGAGAUUAAAGAGUAGAUCCUAGCAAUAAGAGAUGGAUUCUUUGAUAUUGUACCUAAAGAAUAUUUUUCUUAUAUGGACUGGAGAGAUUUGCAAAAAUUAAUUAUUGGAGUGCCAUCAGUUGAUGUUGAUGACCUUCAAGCGAAUACAGAAUAUGUGAAUUAUGACAAAAAUAAUUAGACUGUUUUGUGGUUUUGGGAAGUAUUAAAGACUUUAAGUGAUUCUGAAAAAUCUGAUUUCUUAAUGUUCUCAACGGGAAGUCCUUUAGUUCCAUUCGGAGGUUUUAAAAAUUUAAGAGGACCAAAUGGACCGAAAAAGUUUUCAAUAUCCAAAGAUUUCAAUUCAGAACAUUUUAUUAAAGCCCAUGCAUGUUUUAAUCGAAUUGAUUUGCCAGAAUAUAAAUCAAAAGAAAUGGUUAGAGAAAAGCUAUUGAAAUCAUUAAAGGAAUCUGGUUCAGGAUUUGAUUUGAGUUGAGUUUAUAUCAUAUAUUUUUCAUUCAUAUUAUCAUUCAAAGUUAA